GAAAAUAACUGUCCAUUGUGUAGAUAAAACUGCGUUCGUCUUCCCGCAUUUCCUGUCGCCUUGACUCCUUUGUCGAAUUUUGAACUUCACAAUUCGACAAAAUGUCGAGGGUGUACAUCGGAAGGCUGAGUUAUCGGGCCAGGGAGAAGGACGUCGAGAGGUUCUUUAAGAGCUACGGGAAGAUACUAGAAGUCGAUUUGAAAAACGGGUACGGUUUCGUUGAAUUCGACGACCCGCGCGACGCCGACGACGCGGUUUACGACCUGAACGGGAAGGAGCUUUGUGGGGAGCGAGUGAUUGUUGAGCAUACAAAAGGACCCCGACGUGAUGGAGGUUACAGUGGAGGAGGCGGCGGCGGAGGAGGAGGAAGGAGUGGUUACGGAGGACGUUGGGGCCGAGACCGCUAUGGUCCACCUAUUAGGACGGACUACCGGCUCAUUGUCGAGAAUCUGUCGAGCCGAUGUAGCUGGCAGGACUUGAAGGAUUACAUGAGGCAAGCAGGCGAAGUGACUUACGCCGACACCCACAAGGGCCGUAAGAAUGAGGGCGUGAUCGAGUUCAGGCUCUACGCCGACAUGAAGCGGGCUCUUGAGAAGCUGGACGGAACAGAGGUCAACGGCAGAAAGAUCCGGCUGAUCGAAGACCGCCCUGGCGCCAAACGCCGACGCUCUUAUUCGCGCAGCCGAAGCCGAUCUAGGUCCCGCUCCAGGAGCCGCAGAUCCCGCAAGAGCCGAAGCCGCAGCGAAAGCAGCAGCCGAAGCCGCUCCCGGUCCAGGCCGGCUUCCCGAUCCCGCAGUCACUCGACCAGCAAGAAAAAUAAAGGAAAGAGCAAGAAGGAAGAGGACCGCAGCAACGGCGACCAGAAAGAAAAAGACCAGAGCAGGAGUCGCAGCCCUAAAAGCAAGAAGCCCAAGAAAGACGGAAAAAAGAGCAAAAACGAAGAGUCGAGGUCCAGGUCAAGAUCCCGGUCUCGCUCCCGUUCGGUCUCCAGGAAGUCAGUCUCAAAGGGUCGCGACCCGCCCAAGAGCGACGACGAGGCGGGCGAACAAGAGCGAGGGUCUCGCUCCUGCUCGCCAGUCGACUCCAAAGCCAGAGCCGGGUCCAAAUCAAAGUCCAAAUCCAAGUCUCGUUCGCCUUCCCCCGUCAAAGACCGCUCGCGAUCCGCUUCUCGUUCGGUUUCUCGCUCCAAAUCCCGUUCCCAGUCUCGCUCUCGUUCUCGCUCGUAGUUAAGAUUUUUUUGCGACUGUUUGUCAUGCCUCAUAGUGUCUGUACCCUCCCCACCCAUAUUUUUUUUUAUAAAUAGCUGUACAACCCAGAUGCUUGCUCUUGAUGUUUUAUGCACAUUUACUUUUACAUUUUUCUCCUUCACGUAGACCCUGGGAAAAAAAAACUGAGGCUUUUUGUUCAAAUUGCAGUCCUAAGUUUUAGUCCUUUUUGUCAUCAAAUAUAAAAAAAUGUAUUUCUUUGCUUGGUUGAAAUCUGUGUACGUUUCCUCUUUUAUGAAAACGGUAACAUUUCAAAAUAAAAAUGCGCCUCUUGAA